AUGGAUUCCCUUGAAGCUAUCCUUCAUAAAAUCAUCAAUGAUAAGGAUUUCCGAUUUGAUAUAUUUAAUUUGAAAGCAGACUAUGAUGUUUAUGUUAAAUUCCCUGCGGAAUGUGAAAAAUAUAACAUUUUCAAUAAUUCAUUUUUCUUAUCAAUGGUCGAACAUUUAUACAACCUUGAUAAAGAUCAAUCUACAACACAAUUAAUUGUCUUGUUUUUCAAGUUCAUUGUUGAAAAAGUUAGAUUCACACCUCGUUUGAAUUUAAUUCAAUCAAAACGGAUAGAAAAGUUUGGCAACCCAACAAACUCAUUAUUACACUCGACAAUUGCAUCAUCAGUUAAUAAAAUAAUGAAAUCAGCACAUUGGAAUUCGGACUUACAAAACACUCCAGACUUAUUUUACUCACUUGCGUUCUUACUUCCCUAUUUGCAUGAAUGUAUUAAAGGCAUAUAUAUAAUAAUUGAUAAUUUUGUAAAUUUACAUAAUAAAUUUGACGAAAAUUACUUGGAUAAGGUAUCAAAUGCACUUUACCUAUUGUAUAAUUCCGGAUCGCAAAAUCAAGAGGAUGUUUUUACUCUUACAUUGCGAGUUAUGAUUGCAGCUAAUGGAUUACCUAUGUAUAAGCUUAGAUCAUACUUUAUAGAAAUGUAUAGUGAUAAUUCUCAAUAUUAUGAUAUAUUAAUAUAUGAUGAAAUCAAAGAUAAAAUUCAAAAUUCAAUUGAGGAAGAGCUUCCUAAAAUUCAAUUCCAAUCUCGUCAAGAAAUCAUUUCUAUAAUCGAUUCCCUUAUUAAAAAUUCAUUUCCAGACCUUAAACUGGGAGAUGAAGAAAAAAAGAAAAUUUCACAAAAAGUUGAUGAUCUCUGCAGUUCUAAUCAAAAAGUUAGAGAAGUUGAGCUGAAACUCAAGAUACUAAAGGCAUUAGCUUGGAAAGAUAUUUCUAAAAAUCUUUAUAGUUUGGUUGAUGUUUGA